AUGGGCAAAAUUUACACUUACGACGAAGACAGCUGUUGGGUAAUCCUCUACGGCAACGUCUACGAUGUAACCAAAUUCGUGCCCGAGCACCCCGGCGGCGCCAAAAUCAUCCUCCAACUCGCCGGCCAAGACGCGACCGAAGAAUACGACCCCAUCCAUCCCCCAGGCAUCCUCGAAGAAACCCUGGCGCCGGAAUGCAAGUUGGGCACUUUUGACGCCAGCACUCUGCCUGCGGUGGAAAAGUCGGCUGUGGAUGAUGGCGAAGUUGAUGAAGAGGCCAUUAUGCCAUUGGACCAUUGCUUGAACAUGGACGACAUUGAAGCAGUGGCCACAAAGAAGAUGAGCAAAAAGGCUUGGGCAUACUACUUUUCCGCCGCCGAUGAUUUGAAAUCAAAGGCGUGGAAUAAUACAGUAUACAGCAGUAUCCUGUUGCGUCCGCGCGUGUUUGUCGACAUAACAAACUGCGACACCAGCACCAGCAUCUUGGGCCACAAAGUCAGCACUCCCUUGUUUGUUUCGCCAGCGGCUAUGGCAAGACUAGGUCACCCAGACGGCGAACACGGUAUUGCAAAGGCGUGCGCGAAAUUCGGCGCUUGUCAGAUCAUCUCCAACAAUGCGAGUCAAACGCCCGAACAGAUUUGCGAGGGUGCCCCUGCAGAUCAAGUGUUUGGCUGGCAAUUGUACGUCCAGAAUGACCGCAAGAAGAGUGAGGACAUGCUCGUCCGCAUCAACGCAAUCAAGAAUAUCAAGUUCAUCGUCUUGACUUUGGAUGCACCCGUACCUGGAAAGCGCGAACACGACGAGAGGGAAGGCAAGAAUGUUGGCGCCAACCUGCCCAUCCGCAGUGCACACCAGCAAGGCAGUGCCUCCACCACCUCUCCCUCACCCACAAAAGGCGGCAACAGCGGCGGUGGAAGCGUCGCCUCAGCGAUGUUCGCCGGCACAGCAGGAAACCUGACGUGGAAAACCACCUUGCCCUGGCUAGCCAAACACACAAACCUUCCCAUCGUGCUCAAAGGCCUUCAGACCCAUGAAGACGCUUAUAUGGCUUCCCUCCACGCACCCCAAGUCCGAGGUAUCAUCCUCUCCAACCACGGCGGUAGAGCCGCAGACACAGCACCCNCUUCCAUCCACACCCUCCUCGAAAUCCGCAAGUACUGCCCUGAAGUGCUGUCCACCCUCGAAGUGUGGGUAGACGGCGGCAUCAAGCGCGGCACCGACGUAAUCAAAGCGCUAGCUCUGGGUGCCAAAGCCGUGGGAAUGGGCAGAAACGCGUUAUUCGGAUUGGGAGCAGGAGGGCAAGAAGGUGUGGAACGGGUAUACGAGAUUCUCAAGGCGGAGAUGGAGACGACUAUGCGGUUGCUUGCCGUGCAAAAAAUUGAAGAGUUGGGGUCUCAGCAUGUCAAUGCUAGAGCUGUGGAGAGGGAAAUCUAUGAUGGUCCUGCUGGGCUUGAGAAGUUG